GACCAUAGACUACCAUUCAGCUGUAAUAAAUAUGAUGCGUAAUGGGUAGAAUAUGGGAAUAAAAAACAAGAUUCGACUGUAGCAAAGGUGCCAAAAGAAGGCUGCCAACACAUAAUUUUACGAAGUCUUUGUAGCAUUCGUAUCUUUGCCUAAAUGCAAGUGGGAUUGUGUCAUGUGUAUGGUGCUACUGGUGCGGUGGAAAACGUAUUAGUGGUUGUGGGUGGUUUGGUGUGCGAAAUGUGGAAAGUUCGAUGAAACAUGAGAGACAAAAACGCGUAGAACGGUGUCCGAUGAUCUAGGAAAGUGGUUUCAAAAUGGCCACAAACACAAAUGCAACAGCAGAACAAAGCGAAGUUACGAUGACAAAGUCGCCGCACAAUCGCCAAGAACAGACACCAAAUUUUGAGCCACUUGAUAAAUCAUCGAGUAACACUUUGAAGAGAAAUCCAAAGAUGGAACUCAGCAAGACUGAUCUUCUCAAACUUCUUAGUUAUUUAGAAGGCGAACUUCAAGCACGAGAUAUUGUCAUCGCUACCUUGAAGUCUGAGAAAUUGAAGCAGCUGUUAAAUCAGGGGCGAUACAGAGUGAUGCCUGCUAAUGAUCCAGUAGCAGCUCUACAGCGAGAUAGCUUUGCAGCAGCAGAACCUAGAGUUGAUGAGGCAGAAAUUCGGGCCAUUGCAAACCAGCAAAUGGCAACAUUGGACAACUUGAUUUUACAACAUCGUCGAGCUCAGAUAAAACUUGGUCGUAUUUUGAAAGAAGCAGAGGAGAGGCAUCGCAAGGUAGUUCAAGAACUAGAUGAAGAAAAGAGAAAACAUGAGCAUGAUACAGCUCAGGGUGAUGAUAUUACAUAUGGGUUGGAAAAGGAACGUAUGAGACUGAAACAGGAAUUGGAGUUAGAAAAGCAAAUGAAAAAGAAACUUGAGAAAGACCUAAAGAAAUCAAAUGAUACAUUGGAAGAAGAAAGAUCUCGACAAAAACAAAUAGUACUUUUAUUGCUUGCAGAAAGAAAAAGAUUAAUCAUGAAGUACAUAGAAGAAAGAAAACGGUCGGAAGAUCUAGCUCAGAUCCUUGCUGAGGAGAAGGGACGCAUCGAUUCAAUGGCUGAAGGACUUGAGGAAGAAAGUAAGAAAUCAUUACAGAUGGAGGCAGAGCUGGAGAAGCAGCUUGCGCAGUUUGAUACAGAGCGACAACAGUUGAAAGCUGCGGUAGCCAAAGAAGAGAAGAAGAGCAAAGAACUGCAAGCAGAACUGGAGAGAGCUCAAGGAGAACUAGACAGUCUGCGAAAGCAGCUAGCAGAAGCUCAUCAAGUUGCCAUGUUUCAAGCUGGUGCAAGCCCCCCACGAAUGGUUCUACCAGCUCGUCCUGUGCUGACUACAUCACCACCACAACCACCAGCAAAACCUGUGGUUAUACUACCACAGACUGCACCAAGACCUCAGCCUCCAUGUGACUGUUGGGCACUGACACCACCAAAAGUAGGCACGUGGACUGUAAGUGAUGGAAGUGUAUCACCACCACACAUUCAACAGUCUGCACAACCUCCUGCUGCAGGGACUCCAAUGAUGAGUAGUGUUGCCAAAGUUGUACAACCUACUGCCACUGUGUCCAGUGUACCUGUGUGUGGGCCAACAACCGGCAUUGCCCGCUCUGUUUCACCAGGACAAGGUUUAAGGACAGCCCCUUUUUCUGCAACUACAACAUCUGAUGCAAGAUCUGCACCACCAUCAGGAAACUGGAUGGCCACGACUGCUGAACAACUUGUGACACAGGAUAAACGUGCACAGGUAGUGCAAGUAACACCACGUGUCAGUCUGACGACAUCACCAAGCUCCAAGGUGUUUGCAUCUCAGGGUAACAAAGUAAUGUUUCAUGUGACAUCUAGUACUGCUGUUCAGCCGGAGACUCAAACUCCUCCCAAAAAAGUAGCUGCCCCCAGCAGGGGUGUUCCCCCUCCUGUACCUCCAAAUAAACCUAUAGUGCCACCAAAGAAAGAAGCUGUUGUAAGACGAUCUGAGCCCUCAUCCAACACUUCUGAAGCUGUGGACGGAAAGAAGAAAUAUGCAGUUGCCAAAGAAAAAGUGCAGGAAGGUGAAGUGCAUGAGAAUAGGAGAGAACCACAGUUGAGCUUCAAUUAUUUCAGUUUUUUCUCUUUUGGCAGUCGUGAUGCUGACUGGGACGUGUGGAAGUGGAGGAUAUUGAGCAUUUUUAAAUGUCCCGAUGACAUAGCUGCAAGAAUUGUUCAUUAUUCUGGCUACUAAUCUGUGUGAGAGAACAGCACUGCUGUUUUUUAUGUGCAGUGAAAUGCUAAAAUAAAACAGUAUGCGUUUCACUUUUCUUGGAUUGAGACACAUCAGAACAACAUGUGAUUGGAAUAUCCCCAGCUACUUUAUAUGUGCAUGUAACAUCCACUAUAUUCCAGCCCAAAAAACAAAGAAAAGAAAAAAAAGAGAAUAUAACCAUGUAUUUAUGCACAGUUGGGUAGGCUUAUAGCUAUGUCCAUCUGCAUGAAACAUUAGAACUUAAUCAAGACUCCUCAGAAAGAAACACAGUGCCCGUUAUUGAGUGCAUGUACUUUAACUCUUACAUAACGCCAUCUCUUAGUGUGCAGUUUCCAAGUAGUGAAGGGUGUUGAUGGAUAAAAAUAGUUCAACUGCAGUAAAAGUCUAUUCACAAUAAUAAUUUAUAUUGGAAAUGAAAUAGCCACCAAAUCUGACUGUGGUAUAAAGCCUUCAGCACUAGUGGGUCACACACAGGUCUUGCGUGAAGGUUCUGUAAUGAUACAAUAUGUACAUAUGAAUAGCUUUACUGUAUGUUGGGCUUGAAACUGAAGUAUUCUUCCUUAAAAUUUGUUUGGUAUUAGUGGCUACAUGAAAUAGUCAAAAGUGUAAUGCAUCCACUGCGAGGUUUAUGAACUGUGUAGAACUAAACAGCCUCCUUCCCAAUGUCAUUCCAAGGUACAAAGGCAGACAUUUUAUUAUUUUUAGAAAAGUUAGGCAGAAGAUUACAGUAAUAAAUGAUAUUCCUCAUAGGCAAUGAUCAUUUAUGUGCAUUGUAUGUCACUAAUUAUGAACAAAUAUCAUGAUACUCUUAACUCUUUAUGGAUGUAUACGUGUGUCUGUAAGGAGGUGUUUCGUGGCUUUUUUUCUUCUUUUGUGUUACUAUUAGCAUUCAUCUGAGUUAUCUUGCAUCCUCUGGUAUCAUAAAAAUACAUUUUGUGUACAUUAUUAUCCAUAUUCUAACCCUGUGCUGUAUAAGCAAUUCACAGUAUGUUACAUCCUUUGGUAUUAUAUAAAUAAAUUUUGUAUACUUUAUCAUCCAUAUUUUAACCUCUUGCUGGACAAGCAAGCCAUAACAUAACUGAUAACUGUCUGGUUGAACAACAAUGCUUUGAAGGUCCAUAUAGUGGCAAACUCACAGUAUACACAAAGAGACUUGAUCUGUUACAAACAUUCCUGAAAUUGUUUUUCUUAUGUAUUUUGCCACUUUGAAUAUUCUUUCUACAGUUGAAGCUGUACAUGUGAAAAAACACGUGAAGAAGAAGAAUAAACAGUAGUAUAAAAUGUAUAGUGUUUUGAUUAAUUGAUCUCAAAAUUAUUUUUAACCAUAGUGAAAUAAAGUACAAACAUGAAUACUGGGAGAACAUUUCAUGUCAUCUCACUUUAUAAAGAUUAGAAUGAUUACAAUGACUGGUGAAAUAUUCUCAUACUUCUAAAUCUGCUAAUUAUUUCUCUGUGAAAUAGCAAUAAACAACACAGGUGCAUUGUAAUGUCCUUAAGCUUUGUAAUAUAUGCCUGUACAAUGUAGUGAUAAGGUUUUAAGUCCAAGGCUAAGAUUAAUAUAGUCAUCUGCUGAUCCAACUGUUUAGCAUACAAGACUAGUGAAAUUUUCAGCUUAUACAUUAUAGUACUUGUGUGUAUAUAGAAUGAGACAAUGGAAAAGGGAAGCCAGUCAUUGUGCAAUGUUGACUCUUUGGAGAAUGGUUUUUGGAAUAUCUAUGUACAUGACCACUGUGUAGUGGUUGAGGUACAUGUUUGUUUGACCCUUCAGCCUUUUUUGCCAGAUAAUGUAGAAACAUUGAAAAUACAUAACUUUUGUCAGUUUUGUAUGUUGUUUUCAUUUUCUUAUGUGCAGUGUAAAUGCUGCAUAGAUUCGAAAAGUAACAAUAGUAAGAGUAGUAGCACUGACGUAACUGAAAUUUCAUAACUGACUGGACAACAAAGUGGCGUUGCUUAUGCUGUCAUAAGUGUGUAUGGAUCAACUUAAGUAUUUUUGAAGAAAAAGUAUUUGUACUAGGGAGAGUCAAAAAUGUAACCAGAAACUAGAAAGUAAGAAAGAAAAUAAAAAUGAGAAGCA